CCCAUCCAUUCAUACAUUCACAUUUCCACCUCUCUAAGCUUCUGUUCUCACUCAAAACAGCUCUUUAGAGCCCAGAUGGGCCUUGAAAUCAGACAAUCAAGAGCUCUUCUUUCCUCCCUUUAUCUCCUCUCCUUCUUUCUAUCACAACCAUGCACUGCAACAGACACCUUAAAUUCAUCCCAUGCGAUCAAAGAUGGUCAAACCCUAGUUUCGGCCGAGGAGGUCUUUGAACUAGGCUUCUUCAGCCCCGGCGAUUCUCAUUACCGCUAUGUCGGAAUAUGGUACAAGAGAACCCCAGAGCCGAAAUACGUGUGGAUUGCCAAUGGACAAAACCCACUCACAGAUUCCUCUGGAGUCCUAAAGAUCGGAGCCAAUGGCAAUCUGGUGAUCCUGGAUAGGAUGCUGAACGUCGUGUGGGCCACGAACAUUUCCAACAGCUGGAAUUGCUCGACUGCGGUGUUGUUAGAUACAGGAAAUCUCCAACUACGAGAAGCGGAUUCAGAUGGCAGUGGAAAUAUCUUGUGGGAGAGCUUCCAGCAUCCAUCGAACAAGUUCCUACAAAACAUGAAAAUUGGUAUGAAUUUAAAGACGGGCGAGAAAAGAUUCAUCACGUCUUGGAAAACCGACGAUGAUCCUGCACCAGGCAAUUUCUCUUUCGGGCUUGAUCCAAAAAACAUGUUGCAGUCUUUCAUUUGGAAUGGAAAUAAGCCAUACUGGCGAAGCGGGUAUUGGAACGGAAGAAUAUUCAUUGGCGUUCCAGAUAUGGAAUUCGAUUCAGUGUACCUAAAUGGCCUGACAGUUCUUGCAGAUAGCCAUGAAGGAACCGUCUACAUGGCAUUUUCUCUUUACAACAUCUCCCCAAUUUCAAUAUUUGAGUUGGGAACUUCAGGAAUUCUUCGGAAACUGGACUGGGAUGGUGAUAAUGAAAACUGGGUUAUUAAAUGGUCAGGGCCUGCUUCUCAUGGGUGUGCUAUUUAUAAUCGUUGCGGGCCUUUUGGGAGGUGUAACGGAUCGGAUAAUAAGAGGACAUGUGGGUGUUUGUAUGGGUUCCAACCGAAAUAUACUGAAAAAUGGAGUAGGGGAGAUUGGUCAGGUGGAUGUGUGAGGAGAACUGAGUUGGGGUGUGGGAAAAAUAGCAGUGCUGAAGAGAAAGAAGACGGGUUUUUGAAGAUGGAAAAGAUCAAAUUGCCAGAUUUUGCUGAUUGGGUGGUUGGUUUGGGUGCAAAUGAAUGUGGAAUGGAGUGCUUUAAGAACUGUUCGUGUAUUGCCCAUGCGUACGUUAGUGGGAUCGGGUGUUUCCAUUGGGGCGGCGAUUUGGUGGAUACUGAGGAGUUUUCUUAUGGUGGGGAGGAGCUUUUCCUCCGGCUGGCAUGUUCAGAGCUGGGUAAGAAGAAAAAAGUUCCGAAAAUCAUCACCAUAAUCGUGAUUAUAUUUGGAAUAAUUGUCACCUUGGUCAGCUCCACAUGCAUUUGCUAUUGGGUUUCAUCAAAACAAAGAGGAAGGAAUAAUAGGAUCAGUGAACUGCUUGAUUCUGGCGCAACCGAUGCGUCCAAGGACUCGGCAAAUGCAAAUUUAGUUAGAGAGGGUGUGAUGCAAGAAGGCCCAGAGCUGCCAUUGUUCGAUCUGAGUAAAAUCGCAGUAGCUACUAACAACUUCUCCAAUGCAAAUAAGAUCGGUGAAGGAGGGUUCGGACCCGUUUACAAGGGUAAGCUGCCAGAGGGACAAGAAAUAGCAGUGAAAAGACUAUCAAAGAGCUCUGGGCAAGGCCUGGAAGAGUUCAAGAAUGAAGCCAUAUUCAUAUCUAGACUUCAACAUAGGAAUCUUGUUAGGCUCUUGGGUUGUUGCAUUGAAGGAGAAGAGAAGAUGCUAAUCUAUGAAUACAUGCCCAACAAGAGCUUGGAUUCCUUCCUCUUUGAUCCGAAACGACAGGCACAACUGGAUUGGGCCAAACGCUUCCACAUUGUUGAAGGGGUUGCUCGUGGGCUUCUUUAUCUUCACCGUGAUUCAAGAUUAAGGAUUAUACACCGAGAUUUAAAGGCCAGCAACAUUCUACUCGAUGAUGAGAUGAACCCUAAAAUUUCAGACUUUGGCAUGGCAUGGAGUUUUGGAGGGAACCAAACUCUAGCUAAAACUAACAAAGUUGUUGGUACAUAUGGCUACAUGGCCCCAGAGUAUGCAAAAGAAGGGCGAUUUUCUGAGAAGUCCGAUAUCUUUAGCUUUGGGGUGUUGCUGUUAGAGAUCGUUAGCGGUAGAAGGAACAGAAGCUUCUACAAUCAAGAACUGUCUCUAAACCUCUUGGAAUAUGCAUGGAAGCUGUGGAAUGAGGAUAAGGCUUCAGAAUUAAUAGAUCCGGAAUUGGGCAAUUCAUAUACGCUGUCUGAAGUAAUGCGAUGCAUCCAUGUAGGGCUGCUUUGUGUGCAAGAAUGUGCAUCCGAUAGGCCCACCAUGUCUACUAUAGUAUUCAUGCUCGGGACUGAAAUCGCAAUUCUUCCUACUCCUAUGGAACCAGCAGCAACUCUUGAGAGAAGUCCUUCGGAAUCCGAUGUGCCUUUGAUUAGGAAUAUAUUCUCUGUAAAUAAUAUAAGCAUAACAACGGUUCACGGAAGAUGACAUUCUCAACUCUCUGAAAUCUGGUUAGAGUCUCCUUGCUUCUAAAUCUCUGCAACUGUAGAAUGAAUUAAGAUAGGCAUGUAUAGAACAUGAACAUUAAGAAAAUAAUGUUUCAUCACUUGUUUUAAAGUUGGCUUUCUUUCUGUACC